GAGGCUUCUUUGGAAAAUAAUCCCCAAUUCCCCCCUCGGACGAAACCCUAGCCCUAGCCCGACCACCCCUUCCCCGGCGGACGCUACCGGCGGCGAGCGAAGAUGCCGGCGACGGCGGGCCGCGUGCGCAUGCCCGCCAACAACCGCGUCCACAGCAGCGCGGCGCUGCAGACGCACGGCAUCUGGCAGAGCGCCAUCGGCUACGACCCCUACGCCCCGGAGAACAACAAGCACCAGCCUCCCUCCUCCUCUGUCUCCGCCAACGCCGCCGCUGCCUCCGCCGCCGCAUCGGCCUCCUCCGCCUCCGCGCCCUCCGCCGCUGCUGCCUCCUCCUCCGACAACGCCUACACCAGCUUCCAGGGCCUGCUCGCUCUCGCCCGUAUCACCGGCUCCAACUCCGAUGAGACCCGCGGUGCCUGCAGGAAGUGCGGCCGUGUCGGCCACCUCACCUUCCAGUGCCGCAACUUCCUCUCCGUCAAGGACCUCGACAUGGAUGACGACGUUGAAGCAGGCAUUCGGGAGGCCAACGCGCAGGCCAAGCUGAACGAAUUCAGGAAGAAAGCCUCUGGAGGCAGGGAUGCUGACGAGGCCUCUGGUGAGGAGGAUGAGGAAGACAGUGAUGAUUCCUCUGAUUCGGAUGUCGAUCCUGAGCUAGAGAGAAUAAUUGCUCAGCGGGAGCGUGCCAAGAGUGGCAAGAAGCAGUCCAGGGAUGAAGACAAGAAGUCAAACCGCCAUAGGAGCAGCAGCAGGGGAAGGUCAAAGCACAGGAGGAGCAGCAAGAGGAGUGAUACUGAAGAUGACUUACAGGAAGAGAAGAGCAAAGACAAGAAGAAGAAGAGUGGGCACAAGAGGCGUGAAAGAUUGGAUGAGGAUAGUGGGAGUGAUUCUGACAAGAAGAGGCAUAGGAAGAGCAGGAAGGACAGGAAGAGGCGUAGGAGCCAUCGCAGGACUGAUGACUCAUCGGAUGAGGGUGAGUCUGGAGGGGAAGACAGGAGGUGUCGUCGCCAUCGCAAGCGGCGGCACCACAACAGAAAAGGUGCAUCUGACAGUGAUUCUGGAAGUGGUGGUAGUGACUCUGCGGAGGCCAGGAAGCGAUCCAGAAGGCGGAGGAGACACCACAAGUCAGAAAGCAGUGAAUCAGAUGGUGAUGAACAUGGUCAGGGGGCAAACCAGUGCAAGAAGAAGAGGGACAAAGAAGAGUGCUGAAGUGGUAAUUUGCUCAGUGAUAUUAUUUAUACCCUCUAUUUUACCGAUUAUGCUUAUCGUUGUUCUUUGUCCUGGUGUAUGUUGCUAUUUCAAGCAUGACGAUCGAUAUGCAUAAGUGUAGUACUUUGUGGCUUUGUGCCAGUAAGUGAACUUUAAACGUCAUAUGCAUAGAACAUUUUACCUCGAAGUUGAUAAUUUGUGUGUAUGUAAUAAGUUGGCUUUGUUUCU